GCUAGCAAUUUCACUUGGAAACAAAUUAUAUAUUUAAAACUUCUCUGAUCUUUAUUAUUAUGAUUCCCAUGAUGGAAAAGAAACAUCCAUGCAUAGUGAUGGUUCCUUCCCCUGGUCUCAGCCAUUUGAUUCCACUUGUUGAGUUUGCAAAGAUGCUUGUUCAUGAUGAUGAUGAGUUAAAUGUGAGGUUCAUAGUUCCAACACUUUCUUCUUCUUCUUCUUCUUCCAUGAAUUCCAUUCUUAACAACUCUGAUCUCCCACCAAACAUAACCUUCACUGUUCUUCCCCAAGUCAACGUUGAAGACCUUCCUGUGAAGUCUCAAACUUCAACUCAAAUACGCUUUGCAGUGAAGCAUUCUCUUCCACUCAUCCAUCAACAACUUACCUCAUUCAUGAGUUCCACUACUCAUCACAUAGUUGCUCUUGUCUUCAGCAUCUUUGCAACCGAUGUUCUUGAUCUUGCCAAGGAAUUCAAUCUCUUAACCUAUGUUUUCUUUGCCUCUGGAGCUUCAGUUCUAUCAUUCUGUCUUUAUCUUCCAUAUCUUGAUCAAACCGUUUUCUCUACUACUAAUAAUACUAUGUCCUUAAAAGAAACUGUGAAUUUCCCAGGUUGUGUUGUCCCUUUUCAGAUCAAGGAUCUCCCUGACCCAGUUCUUUAUGAGAGAUCAAGUGAAGUCUACAAAUCAUUUCUCAAUGUAUGCAGAACACACUCUCUGGUUGAUGGUGCCAUAGUGAACACCUUCACACAUUUGGAAUCAGAAGCCAUUGCAGCCAUACAACAACAAAGAGAAGCCAAUGAUAGAAACACUGAUAAAGUUCCUCCUUUUGUUUACCCAAUUGGACCAAUCAUUCAAAGUGAGACAAGUAAUGAGGUAAACAGGUUAGAGUGUUUAACAUGGUUGGAUAAUCAGCCACCAAGAUCAGUGUUGUUUAUCUGUUUUGGAAGUGGUGGAACAUUUUCUCAAGAGCAACUCAAUGAGAUUGCAUUUGGGUUGGAAAUGAGUGGACACAAGUUCUUGUGGGUUGUGAGAGCUCCAAAUGAAUAUGGUGGAGGUGCUUAUCUUGAUGAACAAAAAGAGGAUCCAUUACACCAUUUACCAUCAGGUUUUGUAGACAGAACCAAAGGAGAAGGCUUGGUGGUUCCAUCAUGGGCCCCACAAGUUGAGAUCCUUGGUCAUGGAUCCACAAGUGCUUUCUUGAGUCAUUGCGGUUGGAACUCAAUUCUAGAGAGUGUUGUCCAUGGUGUUCCCAUGAUUGCAUGGCCAUUGUUUGCUGAGCAGAGAAUGAAUGCAGUGUUGCUCAAAGAGGUGCUUAAAGUGGCACUCAUGCCAGAGAAGGUUGUUGAUAAUGAUGGAGAUGGGAUAGUGAAAAGAGAGGAAAUUGCAAGAGUUAUAAAGAGAAUGAUGGAGGAGAAUGAAGAAGGUUUGAAAAUUAGAAAGAGAAUCAAACACUUGAGUGAUGCUGCUGCUGCUGCACUCACUCAAAAUGGUUCAUCUACUAAGGCAUUCUCUACUCUUAAACAGAAAUGGAAAAUUGUUUAAUGACAUUUAUGUGGUGUAAUAUUAUUCUAUAAAUGAAUAAUGUAUGUAACUUGUCAAAACAACCAAGUUUAGGAUCCUUAUUUUUUUUUAUUAUUUAGUACUACUUAUAAAAAUAUUUUGUUUAAUAAGAAUG